AUGAGUUCGCAAGGUGAUUCUACUGACCAGGAAGUUGGUGUCCGCGCCGAAUUAGCUGAAAACGAGGGCUACGCGCAGCGGCCGAAAUGCUUCAGCUCCACCCUGCAAGAAUGCCUUUUCGUCCUCACGGCAACUAUGGCCAUUGGCCAGCAAUCGUUCUUCCAGGGUGCUAUUGUGGGCGUGACGGCGUCAAUUGGAAAGGAUCUGAAUAUGAACCCGGCGGAAAUCACUUGGAUCAAUGCUGGAUCUUCCCUCAGCAGCGGUGCCUUUCUCUUGACAUUUGGCAAGGUAGCUGAUACGUUUGGGCGCAAGAUCCUGUUUAUUAUUGGCAUGGGCGGAUUUUCCCUGGCGCUGUUGAUUGCCGGUUUUGCGACAAAUGCGAUCUAUAUGGAUGUCUUCUCCGGCAUCAUUGGUCUGUUUGCCGCUGCAGUUGUUCCGCCGGCCGUGGGUGCACUGGGGGCUGUCUAUGAAAAGCAAUCUAAGCGCAAGAACAGGGCUUUUGCGUGCUUCAGUGCGGGAAACCCCCUUGGCUUUGUGGGGGGGAUGAUCAUCUCGGGCAUUGCCUCUCACGAGUACAAUUGGCGAGCGUCUUUCUGGGCUCUUGCUGUUAUCUACGCGCUCUUUACUGUCUUGACAGUGUGGACGGUGCCGGCUGAUGGGUUUGCGAAGACCCCUAUGACAUAUGAAGCGUUUCAACGGUUUGAUAUCCUGGGACAGGACUGGCUGGCUGGAGAUGCACCGGAUGGCUGGAAGACAGGAUACGUCCUUGCCCUCUUCAUAGUAGGCUUUUUUCUUCUGGUUGCCUUCAUCUACUGGCAGUCCAUUGCCGAGCACCCCUUAAUGCCUCUAUGGGUUUGGAAAGAUCGGAACUUUUCACUCCUUAUGGUUAUAUUUGUCCUCGGCUUUAUGGGGUUUUCGGCCAUGACUUUCUAUAUCUCUUUGUACCUGCAGGAGCUGAAGAAGCUCUCCGCACUUGAAAUCACCCUCCGGCUCCUCCCCAUGGUGAUCAGCGGCAUCUUGGUCAAUGUCGCCUGUGGUCUGGUUCUUCAUCGUGUGAGCAAUAAGAUCCUCACCGGGAUCGGAGCAGCAGCGUAUACCGCUGCCUUCCUCAUUUUGAGCUUUAUGAAAGAAGAGACCGUCUACUGGGCAUUCAUUUUCCCAGCGAUCGUUCUUGUCGUCGUUGGCGCGGACAUACAAUUCAACGUGACAAACAUGUAUGUCAUGUCCUCACUUCCAUCGCAUCAACAGUCCAUCGCGGGUGGAAUAUUCAAUACUGUGAGCAAGCUAUGCAACAAUCUCGGCCUCGGCAUCGCUACGUCCGUGAGAAGUGCUAUCGCUAGUCAAAUGAUCCCCUCCACGCCUGCCAUCAGGCCAUAUCUGGGUGCCUACUGGUUCGCAGCAGCCGCAGCGGGACUCUCUUUGUUCUUUGUGCCAUUCUUGACUCUCGGUACACAGGGUGGUGACUCUGAAAAGGCCGAGGAGCAGUCGGUUAUUAUCGUUGAAAAUAAAUUUGCAAAUGGGAAGGGUGCUAUUCCGGACUCAGCAUCCGAAGCGACUCCCACACUCGGGACUGUCGUUGCAGAGAAGCAAUGA